GACGAGGAUCCCAUAUUGUAUUCUAUUGCUUUGGAAAGAACAGAGCCGUCAUUACAACACAUGUAGUACGGCAUUGAUGUCCUAAUCUGAUGAUAUUUGGGCUGUACAUACAGCUCGAGAGUGCAUCUAACAAUGUGGCCACCCGCCUUGUCACUUCCUCGGUUUAGGGUUCUCCCUGACGCCGACAUUCAUAGUCAAGCCUCCGUGCCCAGUCUCGAUUACUCGGGGAGUAGCGCAGAUUCAUCCUCGACCGGGCUUCCCCCUCAUAAUGGGCCACUGGGUAUGAUACCCCAGCCCUUGCUGGCUCGGCAAUGUAUCCAUUCUUUCGAGGCUGGUCAGAUCAAGAACCGGGAAGGCACGACUUGUAAGGCUUGUAACAAAGCGGAACCAGAUCAGUUGAUUCUUGAGUGUGCUCGUUGUGGGACUCAGAAAUGUCAACGCUGCGUUAAACGGGACGACUCUUCGGCCUUCGACGUCAUUGCAGAUCUGUUAAUCCAGCCAAAAGACCUCAUUGAAGAUCCGUUGCCAAAAGAUCUGUUGAUCCAGUCAAGACUAUCGGUACCACCACAACCGAUAGCAGAUUCAAUAAAUGACCACGAGCCUGUUACCUGCUUCGUCCAAACAAGAGAAAACGAAGAAGUGAUUGAAACAUCCAAGUCUUUCCUUGUCAACGUCGUUCUGCCUAUCGGUCUGCGUACUGUCACUGCUGCCGAAAUCGAGGGUGAGGGAUGCUAUAUCUCUGAAGAGUUAAUAUACGGAUCACGUAACGACGACAGAGUCUCGGUCGCGUGGUGGAGUGUAUCAGAUGGAUGUGCCGCAAUCUCUUAUGCACGGUGUGAGAUUCUAGACAGAACCUGGAUCAGAGGAGGAGCCUCUCUCAUCUUGGGGAAGGGCCGUAGACAAGGGCUGGAGUACUCUGAUUUAAUACCUGACUCACCUGACGUGAAAACGGACACUGUAUCUUCAAAGGCGUCGUCAAGCGAUGAAAGCUCGCUCACCGCCCAGGACUUUAUUGAGACACGAAAAAAGGAAGCUAUUGGCAAGAUUAUUUCGACAAUAACCCGGAGACUCCAGUUCGAGUUCAUCAAGGCACAUCGGAUUGCACGCCAAACUGCAGCUGGCUCUUCCGAAGGUGGGGAUGCGCCAUCCGGUACGUUAUAUCUACCCUCAGCACAUCAAGCUCAAUCAACAAGAAAGAGAAACCGAGACGACAGAAGCGAUGUUGAUGACGAGAAUGAAGAGAAUGACAAGAAAAAACCUCGUCGCUCAAGAGGAAAUGACAAGGGGAAAGGGAAAGAGAUGGAGAAUCUAAGAUUUGCUUGCCCCUACUUCAAGUAUAACCCAACAAAGUAUCGAGGGUGGCCAAUCUGUCCUGGGCCAGGAUGGUUAGAUGUUCAUCGAGUCAAGGAGCACCUGUAUCGUAAACAUCGACAACCAAAGUUCAGGUGUGCGCGUUGUUGGGAACGCUUCGAUUCCGAUCAGAAAUACAUUGACCACCAACGACUCCUUAUACCAUGCGAUUUAAGAGAGAGCGAGCCGAUCGAGGGGUUUGACGCAGAUCAAGAGAGACAGUUAAGAUCGAGGAAGAAAAAGAACCAUAUUGUUUCUGAAGUUGACAGAUGGAGGGCGACGUUUCAAAUCCUAUUUCCGCAUGUUUUGGCAGACGAAAUACCAUCACCCUUCUAUGAAUAUGAACAAGUGUCAAAUUCAACACGAUCUCACGAAACUUUGACUGAAUGCGAGGAAUACGUUCUUCGCGAGAUGCCGCUACGGCUACAACAGAUCCUGACUCCAGAAUUCGACCGAGACUUCCAAAUUGUAGAGCAAAGUACCAGGAUCCGAGCUAUUGAGCAUGCAAGGGUUAUCAUAGCGAGCCUAUUCCAAGAGUUUCGAAGAUUACGUCAACAGGAUGCCGGCCCAACUACGGCGCCAGAACCUAGGGGAUCAGAGGGUGAAGCAGGCGCUAGAUUGUCGCAAGCCCAAUCUUCAUAUUUCAGUUCAAUAGGUGUCUUCGAUGACAUAGAGCUUGAUUUCUUCUUCGAUGAUGGGAGCAUGGCUGUCUUCGAAGACGUCCAACUUCGAGAUGUCGAGGCGGCAUCAGCGCAUGAUGAAGACGAUGCACUGAAACCCUCCGAUUCCGGAUACGUGUCAAACAACCAGGAGCGAAUGGACAAACAGUCAAUAAAUGAAUGACUUCUGUCUCGCAAAUCGCAGUGGUUGAUGGAACGGCCUACUUCGAGAUACCUAGG